AUGAAGUAUUCAAAAAUCUCAGAUGAAACAAGAUUAGCCUUUAUUAAUACAGUAGAAUAAGGAAUCUGUACAAUUAAGUAAGCAGCCAAGUAAUUUGGAAUUAAAUUUUCAACUGGCAAAGCCAUUUUAUCAUUAUAUAAACAUGAAGGUCGAGUUGGAAAAAAACAAAACAGAAUUAGAAAAAUAAAGAAAUAAAAUGAACAGGAUUAAAAAGAAACAGUUACAAAUAUUAAAGAAGAAACCCUCUCAAAUGUUAAAUAAGUUUAGAAGAAUGAAAAUGGUUAAAAUAAUUCUUCUUAAUUUAACUCUUAUGUUUAAUAAUAUAUUAACUACUAACGAUGGUGCAAUGCCAAUAUUUGGCUAUAAUACUUAUCUGGAUUUAGUAUUCCAAAUAUACAAAGCCAAGGAAAUAGAUUUUGA